AUGCUUACAGCGACCCGUGGUGAGGAGGUGGAUCGAUACACCGUAUCUGUCGUCCUCUGGGGUGGCGAGAAAGCGGCUGAAGACUCUAGCGGACACAUCGCUAUCGCAGUCCACAGUAGCGUACCGCAGCCCAUAACUUGCCAUCUACACCACGCGCGCUGCCCGGACCAGGUACGCUUCAUCUAUGAGUCGCGCCCAGAGCAGAAGUUUGAUGCCGACCCGGCUCCUCGCGGGCGAUGCAAUAUACGCAUCGACUUGUCUGCCGAAGAAGCCAGACUACCAUUUUAUGGCGAAUGCAACUGUCAUAACUGGGCAGCAGGUGCCAUAGGAGCAUUGGAGAAGGCGGGCCUAGCAGAGUCUGGAGACGGAGAACGUUGGACUGCUCUGAUCGGAAAAGGUCCAUUAGCUAUGCAGAUGAGCUGCAUCAAUGAUGCGGGCAGGCAGUGGGUGUCUUGCGAGAAGUUCAAUCAACCCCGACCUGAUUUUAUUGAUGCGAAAUGGGGCGAUAAUAGUGGUGAAGUGAUUGCAGCGGGACGAGUUAGUCGGGACCGGAUGGAACAUUUACAAAAGCUGUUGCAAGCGAGAAAUACCUAAUAAUUCCACCUAAGACAAUUACCUUAGGUACCUAACCUCUGACCUACCUCAAUGAACCUAACCUAUAUGCUACUAAAACAGCCCCAAAGCCUUUUCUGGGUAUUACCUAGGUAUACAUGCAUUCCUUUGUACUCUGCUCAUAUCCU